GCCCACUAUGCAUUAGGACUUCGAAAGAAGAAUUGGGCAACAGGAAUGGACACUGAAGGGACAGUAGAGAGAAACUGAGAGGAAAGCUUCAAGAAAGAUUUGGAUGAGACGUCAGCAAGCUGGCUUUUCAGCCCCUGGAUAUAGGCUGCCUGGAUUCCGAGGGUCCUGGGGAGGGCCACAUUCAUCUGGCCAGGCCUUGGGCCAGUACUUUAAUAGGGAAGGACCCAGGAGUCAUGGCCUGGUGGUGUUUGGAUGGCCUUCCCCCAGGCCUUACUGAGCCAUGGAAAGAAAUCUGGACAUUCGGCUCGAGACCUCUGCAUCACGUACCUCCUUUCUCACCUCUGGCCAGGAGCAGCAGGGACUAUAGAAACUUAAGGAGGAGGGGGAACAUAAAUGACUGGAGACAGAAUUUAGAGUCUUCAAAUAAUGUGAAGAUGUUUCCAUCUUCAGGUUCCACUGGGCUGAUUCCCCCCUCCCACUUCCAAGCUCGGCCCCUUUCAGCUGUGCCAAGAAUGGCUCCCAACUGGGUCUCAGACAUUCCACUGGUCCAACCUCCGACCCAUCAAGAUGUCUCAGAGAGGCAGCUAGACAACCAGAGACCUCAAGUGGCCACGUGGGAACGGAAUGUUUCUGGUGAUAGGCAGGAGCCAGGGCGGAGAGGCAGGUCCCUGGAGCUGGAGGGGUCACAGGCCCUAAGCCAGCAGGCUGAGCUGAUCUCUUGGCAGCUGCAAGAGCUGCGGCGGCUGGAGGAGGAGGCCCGGGUCCUGCGGGAAACCUCGCUGCAGCAGAAGAUGAGGCUGGAAACCCAGGCCAUGGAGCUGGAGGCUCUCGCACGGGCAGAGAAGGCCAGCCAAGCUGAGGCUGAGGGCCUGCGUGCUGCCUUGACUGGGGCCGAGGUCGUCCGGAAGAACAUGGAAGAGGGGAGCCAGCGGGAGCUGGAGGAGGUUCAGAAGCUGCAUCAAGAGCAGCUGUCCUCCUUGACACAGGCUCACCAGGAGGCUCUUUCUAGUUUGACCAACAAGGCUGAGGGCUUGGAGAAGUCUCUGAAUAAUCUGAAGACCAAGAGGGCAGAAGAGACCAAGGAACUGGCUCUGGCUCAAAGUGAGGCUGAGCUUCUGCGAAAGCAGCUGAGCAAGACCCAAGAAGACUUAGAGGCUCAGGUGAUCCUGGUUGAGAAUCUAAGAAAAUAUGUGGGGGAACGAGUUCCUCCUGAGGUUCACAGCCAGGCAUGGGAACCAGAGCAACAGAAGCUUCUGGAAACCAUACGGCACUUGCAGGAGGACCGGGACGGCCUGCAUGCCACCGUGGAGCUGCUGCAGGUGCGGGUGCAGAGUCUCACGCAUAUCCUCGCCCUGCAGGAGGAGGAACUGACCAGGAAGGUUCAACCAUCAGAUUCCCUGGAGCCCGAGUUCACAAGGAAGUGUCGGUCUCUGCUGAACCGCUGGCGGGAGAAGGUGUUUGCCCUCAUGGUGCAGCUUAAGGCCCAGGAGCUGGAACACAGGGACACUGUUAAGCAGCUGAAGGGACAGGUGGCUAAGCUGCAGGAACAAGUGACAGCCCAGAGCCAGGAGCAGGCCAUCCUGCAGCGUUCCCUGCAGGACAAAGCCGCAGAGGUGGAGGUGGAGCGGAUGGGCGCCAAGGCCCUUCAGAUGGAGCUAAGCCGUGAUCGAGAGGCCAAGCACCGGUGGCAGCAGCAGACAGCCAUGGCUGAGGAGCAGCUGAGGCUUGUGACCAAUGCUGUCAGCAGCUCCCAGGUUUGGCUCCAGAGCACUAUGGCCAAGGUAGAACAGGCUGCAACCCAGCUUCCCAGCCUCAGCAACCGACUCAGCUAUGCUGUCCGCAAGGUCCACACCAUUCAGGGCCUGAUGGCUCGAAAGCUGGCCCUUGCUCAGCUGCGCCAGGAGAGCUGUCCCCCUCUCCCAUCCGUACCGGUCCCGGACGUGAGCCUUGAGUUGCAGCAACUGCGGGAAGAACGGAACCGCCUGGAUGCAGAACUGCAACUGAGUGCCCGCCUUAUCCAGCAGGAGGUGGGCCGGGCCCGGGAGCAAGGGGAGGCAGAGCGGCAGCAGCUAAGCCAGGUGGCCCAGCAGCUGGAGCAGGAGCUGCAGCAGACCCAGGAGUCCCUGGCCAGUCUGGGGCUGCAGCUGGAAGCGGCUCGCCAGGGCCAGGAGGAGAGCACAGAGGAGGCUGCCAGUCUGCGGCAGGAGCUGACCCAGCAGCAGGAGAUCUAUGGGAAAGCUCUGCAAGAGAAGGUGACCGAAGUGGAAACUCGGCUGCGGGAGCAGCUGUCAGACACGGAGAAAAGACUGAACGAGGCUCAAAGGGAGCAUGCCAAGGCUGUGGUCUCCCUGCGCCAGAUCCAGCACAAAGCCACUCGGGAAAAGGAGCGGAACCAGGAGCUCAGGCGUCUGCAGGAUGAGGCCCGGAAGGAGGAGGGGCAGCGACUAACCCGGCGUGUGCAAGAACUGGAAAGGGACAAGAACCUCAUGCUGGCCACCUUGCAGCAGGAGGGUCUCCUCUCCCAUUACAAGCAGCAGCGACUGUUGGCAGUUCUUCCUUCCCUGCUGGCUAAGGAGAAACCUGCAGAGUCCAGCUCCAGGCCUCCAGGGUCUUCAGCAUCUAUACCUCCAGAAGCCACACUGUCCACCAGGGAGUCCAUAAAAGGUUCCCUGUCUGUCCUGCUGGAUGACUUGCAAGGACUGAGUGAGGCCAUUUCCAAAGAGGAAGGUGUUUGUCAAGGAGACAACCCUAAACGUUCAGUUCCAGCCCCCCCGCUGAGCUGCUAAGCCUCUGAGAGCUGAGGGAAACCAGCCUGGGGGCUGGGAGGAUCCUGGAGAAGUGGAGUGGGAUAGUCCAGCUCCUCCCCCCAUGGAGCCACCUGCCCUAGGGCUCACCUGCUACCACUAAAUCUGAAUUCUGCACUCAAUAAAGAUGACUACUGUCAGAG